AUGUUACGGCGAGCGUUUGAUGAAUGGGAGCGCAUUGAUGCGUGUCCAGUAGUACUCGAUAUUAUACGGUACGGGAAUAAGUUACCUUUGUAUCAGAUUCCGGACGUCAUAGUUCUCGGAAAUAACAAGUCAGCGAGAGACAAUGCUUUAUUUGUGAGAAACGAAAUCCUGAGUUUGUUAGAGAAAAGGUGUAUUUCGGAAGUCACGGUCAGGCCAAGGGUAAUAAAUCCUUUAACGGUGGCUGGUAAUACCAAAAAGUUGAGGUUAGUUUUGGAUUGUAGGCACGUCAAUCCAUGUCUUCAUAAGUUCAGAUUUCGGUUUGAGGAUUCAGCCGUUGCUUUAGAGCUGUUGAGAAAAGGAGAUUGGUUGUUUUCUUUCGAUUUGAAAUCUGCUUACCAUCAUAUUGAGAUUUUCUCCGAUCACAGAGAAUAUUUAGGAUUUAGUUGGGAUUUCGUUGGGGUCACGAAAUACUUUGUUUUAAAUGUUCUGCCAUUCGGGCUUUCAACUGCAGGUUACGUAUUUUCCAAGGUUACGAGGGAGUUGAUAGAGUAUUGGAGAUCCAAAGGUCACAAGGUCAUAAUGUACUUGAACGACGGUUUAGGAGGCCACGGCCUGCAGGAACAGGCGCUGAAGUUGAGCAAUGAAGUAAAGGUGGAUUUAAACCGUUUCGGUUUUUUAAUAGCUGAUGAAAAAUGUAGCUGGAAGCCAUGUUUAGAGGCAGAUUGGUUAGGUUUGGUUUGGAAGAUGGGCGAAGGGAAGGUUUAUAUAACCGAAAAGAGAUUGAGUAAGCUUGAAUGCAGUUUAAGGGCCGUAUUGGCAAGUCAGGGCGGUGACGCAAAGGGCGUCACCGCACGAGCUUUGGCGGGCGUGGUCGGUCAGAUUAUAUCCAUGAAAGUUGGUAUAGGUCCCGUUACAAGGCUUAUGACAAGAUACAUGUAUGCCAACGUUUUAGCAAAGGCCAGUUGGGACUCUCGUAUCUAUAUCACGAGUGACGCUUUGUUUGAGGUAAGAUUUUGGUUGGAGAAUGUUCGUAGUUUGAACGGACGUGUCAUUGAGCAGCCAAAGUCGCAUGACGUGGCGGUUUUUAGCGACGCCUCCGGUAUAGGGUACGGAGGUUAUAUGUUGAAUGUCAAUGACAGUGAAGUACUAGGGGUGUGGUCCGAGGCCGAGAAGGCAGAGAGCUCUACAUGGCGAGAGCUGGAGGCUGUGAGACGCAUGAUGAGAACGUAUGACGAAAGCCUGGUAGGGCACUGCCUGGUAGGGCGUAAGGUGUUAUGGUACACUGAUAACCAAAAUGUGGCUAGUAUAUUGGUGAACGGUAGCAAAAAGUGUCGUUUGCACGCACAGGCUAGAGACGUUUUCGGAAUGUGUUCAGAAAAGACAUCGAGUUGA